CCACGACCAACCCAACCGCGGGGGAAAGGGGAAAACCCCACGGCCCGGAGCAACCCUUGGGAAAGUCGUCGACGCCGUUGAGUUCGAGGCGACCGGCGGCUCGCCGCCCCGCCACAGCGCCGCUGCGAUUUCUUCUGAUCCCUGUGGCUCAGCGCGGAGGGUUAAAUGGCAAAUAGAGCAAGAUGGAUGAUGAAGUACGAAAAGGGUCUUGUUGAUAUACUUCAUGAGAACAAUACUUCACAUUAUCGUACCCAAAACGGUUGGAGAACGGAGGGGUGGAGGAAAAUCGUUAGGGAUUUCAAUGUAAGGUACCCCGAAGCAAAGUUUAGUAAAAUGCAAAUCCAGGAACAUGAGACUCAAUUGAAGAAAGAUUAUAAGUUGAUAAAAUCUAUCCUCCAACGUGAUGGUGUCUCAUGGGACCAGAGUGCAUCCAUGGUUAGAACAACAGAUGAAAUCUGGGAUGAUAUAAUCGAGGAUAUGCCCAAGGCACGGAAGUACCAAAGUAAGAGCUUUCCAUUGCUCGACUCACUAGAACUGUUAUUUGAUGGUCCAAUUCCUGAAGGGGGACAGAAAUCGCCUUCCAGCGUACCUCAGAAUGUUGGUGAAAAUGUUGACGAUGGAGGCAACAAUACCAGCACAGUCCCAGGUUUGUCUGAAAGACCUAGUGGAACGUUUAACACAAGCGUUACUGAGGCAUGGAAUAAUAUCAGCCUACUCCAGCAAACAGCAUUAGGACCUCAAGGCAUAGAUGAUCUCGACACGCUGCAAAAACGCGGCGAAGAGGUGCUGGAACGGCUACAGCAUGGCGCGGACCGAAGGCUACCGAGAGCUGAUGACCAGGCGCAGUCGAGUUCUUGUGUAGAACUGCAGAGGGACAGGCGCAAGAAGCGGAAGGCCCCGGACGUCCAGCAGAUGAUGGAGACCUAUUUGAAUUUCAGGAUGAAGCAAGCUCACGUCAAAGAACAAAGAGCGAAGGACGCUGGCCAGUUCACGAUUUCAGGCUGUAUCAAGGCUCUGCACACCAUGGCCGAUGUGUCAGACGAGGUCAAGGUGUUAGCCUCUGAUGUUUUCAAGGACGCUGAGAACAGGGAGAUCUUUCUCUCCUAUGAACCCAGGCUGCGCAGCUUGUGGCUGAAGAGGGAAGUUGGCAAGCUACUCUCCUGAUAGUGGUGUUUUGUUUGUUACCUGUGUCAGUGAGUCAGUCUGACAUUCGAUUCUGGAGGGAGCUAUUGAAGGUCUAGGCUUCAUUCACAAACUCUAUUAAACCAUCUCCGUCAGUUUGAGAGAACACUCCCCUUUUUCCUAAAACCUGCCAUAUAUAGGGGAAUUAGGUGAAAAGAGCCGCUCCAGCAUAUCCUAUCUCAAUCAUCUUUUUCUAU